AGCGCGGAACGUGCAGGGAAGAUGCUUAGUGGCGGUCUCCGUGGGUACCGCAAUGUCCGCUGCCCCUUCCAUCGGAAUUUUCCCUACGCUGCCUGGUUUCCGCACUGGCGGACGGCUGCGCGGCACCGGGGAGCCGCCAUCGAGACUGCCGCUGCGGAAGCUGCCGUCACCAGCGCGGCACGGGCGGCCGCACCGCCGGGUCCCGUUAGCGAGCCGGUGGCCCCGAUUCCCAUCGCUCGGCACGCGGCGCAGACGCGGCGUCAGUGCGCAGCCAGGCAGCUGGCGACCGGCUCGCUGGCGCCGCACGCCCACCGCCACAGCGACAUGCGCUGGCGCGUGCGACUGCUGCGGAUCUGCCGCAACAAGGUCAAAGGUCCGCUCUUCACCGUCUUCACCAUGUGCUGCGUGCUGCUGGCGCUCUCCACGCUGCAGACGCUGCUCAGUGGCUCACGCCGGAGGCCACUAACCGGUGAGUGCGCGCCGCAGGGCAGCUGACCGGUGAGAGUGCGC